AUGGUUAAAUGGUUUGAAGUCACUAGAAGUGUUAUUAAAGGUGGGUUAGGCAUCAAGAGCCUUAGGGGUGUAAAUGCUUGCCUGCUACUAAAGUGGUGGUGGAGGUUUGGCAGAGAUGACAAUUUGCUGUGGAAGAAAGUUUUAUGUGGGAAAUAUAACAUUCAAGGCAACAAGUGGUACCCAAAUACGGAAGCCUCCCAGAUGCAUUUCCGGUUAUGGAAGGAUAUACUCUCUGUGGCAGCUUUCAACCUUGCCCUGCACAGUUUCUUUAUUAGCAAUACUUUCAUAUCAGUUGGUAAUGGCGAUAGAACUCUUUUCUGGGAGGAUAAGUGGGCUGGUGAUAGGUGUCUAAAAGAUGAUUUUCCUCAACUAUAA